AUGUCUACAAACGGCUCUGUCAUUGCUGACACUCCCCAAGAUACUCCAACUGCACCCGAGCAAUCUUCAUACCCAAAAUCCCUCUUUUUCACCCACCUUUACUCGUACCCCGCUGUCAAUGCUGCUGUCGACUAUGCAACCCAUAUCCCAGUUGUCCAACGCCUCUCCACCUCGGCCCGUCCUUAUCUCGACUCACUCAAGGAACGCUCCAAGCCCAUUUCUGAGCCCGUUGUCAAGCGCGCCACUCCAGUCCUGGCCAAGGCAGAUGUUUUCGGAGAUAAGAUUUUGUCACGCGUCGAUGAAAACUUCCCUCUGCUCAAGACUACCACCCCUGCUGAUGCUGUGGACCUGGCCCGCAAACCCUAUGAAACUGUAAAGUCAACUGCUGAGGCUUACUCUACCGCUGCCCAUGACCGCUUGAGUACCUCUGUUGUCGAGCCUCUUAAAAAGGCUGGCGAGCGUGUUAAGGAACAUUAUACCACUGUUUAUGACUCUAAAAGCUCUACAAUUAAGUCCCAAGUGGACCCUCUUAUCCACCCUCUUAACGACCGCUUUGAGUUUUUGAUUAAACACUUUUUCCCUGAAUCUAGUGUUUCGUUACAGCAAGAAGAAGAUCAACAACAAGCACCAUCGGAAAAAUUUGUCAGCGCUGAAGUGGCUAGAACUGUUUACCUGGCGCAUGUUGCUCUUCAGCAAGCGCGACCAUUGCUUGAUGUACAAGCAAGCCACUUGAAGACAUUGCCUGAAGUUACUCGUAAACACAUUUUACAUGUUUAUGAUGAAAAACUGACUGCUUAUGGUAAAGAUAAGAUUGUUACAGGACCAGUGUAUGCAUCUGUGGCUACUUUUAAGCAAUUGUCUGGUGAAGGUGUUGUAUAUGCAGGCCAUGUUUUGACAUCGACUAGAGAAGGCUUGAAGAGUUUGAGCAAGGGGAGUACUAGUGAAGGAGCAGCAGCAACAACCUCAGCAGAAGACAUUGACUCUGGUAAUCUCGACACGCCAACAGCUAUCCCCGUUGCCAGUGCAACCACUGCCACCACUCCAACAAAUGCCACUUCGUCAACAACCAGUCUUGGAUCAGCAGCAGCGGCUGCAGCAAACUCCUCGCCUGUUGCAGUGGAGGCUAGUGCGUGA